CGAGGUUACGAACUCUCGCUUGAACGUUCUGUUUGGACUAUGAUCUUUGGCGGUGUAAAAAUUCAAUAAUAAAACGUAGAUCUAAAUCUAGUCUAGAUCUAGAUCUGGAAUCUGGAGUAUAGAUUUAGACUUAGAGUGUUCUACAUUCUCUAGAUCUAGUAGUAGACUAGAUCAAGAUCUAGAUUCUAGAUCGAAUUUCUAACGGAGAAAAAUCAUUGCAGAAUUUUGUAUAAAAACAAACAUGGCAAAUAAUAGAGACAGAGCAGCAAAUCAGCUAAGCGAGUUUAAGAAAUCUCAGCCUCAGCUGAAAUCUGAAACAAUAAGAACAGGCGCUGGUGCUCCUGUGGGCAACAAGAAUGCCACUCUGACUGUUGGUCCUAGAGGACCCGUCCUCCUACAGGACCAUGUUUUCUUAGAUGAGAUGGCUCACUUCAACCGGGAGAGGAUUCCUGAGAGGGUUGUACAUGCUAAAGGGGCAGGUGCUUUUGGCUAUCUGGAAGUGACCCAUGACAUCAGCAGAUACAGCAAGGCCAAAAUCUUUGAGCAUGUUGGCAAAAAGACAGAACUGGCCGUCAGAUUUUCAACAGUUGGUGGAGAAAAGGGGUCUGCUGACACAGCCAGGGACCCCAGGGGUUUUGCCAUCAAGUUCUACACAGAGGAUGGGAACUGGGACCUUGUAGGCAACAACACACCCAUUUUCUUUAUCAGAGACCCAAUCCUGUUCCCAAGUUUUAUUCAUACACAGAAAAGGAAUCCAGUGACCAACCUCAAGGAUGCAGAUAUGGUCUGGGACUUCUUCACCCUGAGACCUGAAACGACACACCAGGUGUGCUUCUUGUUCUCUGACCGUGGGACACCUGAUGGAUACAGACACAUGAACGGCUAUGGCAGCCACACUUUUAAGCUGGUCAACAAGAGUGGUCAAGCGCAUUACUGCAAGUUUCAUUUCAAGACUGACCAAGGCAUCAAGAACCUGAUGGCAGACAGAGCAGCAGACCUUCAAGGCACUGACCCAGACUACUCCACCAGAGAUCUCUACAACGCCAUCGCUGAUGGGGACUUUCCUUCAUGGACCUUGUACAUCCAGGUCAUGACCUUUGACCAGGCUGAAAAGUUCAGGUGGAAUCCAUUUGACCUCACCAAGGUAUGGCCUCACAAGGAGUUCCCGCUAAUACCAGUUGGGAAGAUGGUCUUGAACCGUAACCCCAAGAACUACCAUGCUCAGGUGGAACAAAUUGCUUUCUCACCUGCCCACAUGGUGCCAGGCAUUGAGCCUAGCCCAGACAAAAUGUUACAGGGCCGUCUGUACUCAUACACUGACACCCACCGCCAUCGCCUGGGAUCCAACUACCUUCAGAUACCAGUCAACUGUCCUUACAGUUCAAAGGUCAAAAACUACCAGCGUGAUGGUCCACAGUGUGUCACAGACAACCAAGAGGGAGCCCCCAACUAUUUCCCCAACAGUUUUGGGGGGCCCCAGGACCUGAGCUCAUGUGUGGAGUGCACCUUCCCAGUCAGUGGUGAUGUCCAGAGGUACAACACAGCUGAUGAGGACAACUUUACACAGGCAGCUUCCUUCUGGAACAAUGUGUUAACAGCAGCAGAACGCACACGUCUAGUAGAGAACAUUGUCGGGCACCUGAAGGAAGCUCAAGACUUCAUCCAGAAACGUGCAGUCAGCAACUUUACACAGGUGGACCCAGAGUUUGGGCGGAGGAUAAGUCAGGGUUUAGGGCAAGCUGGAGCUGGUAAACCUGCCAAUCUGUGAAAGGUCACCUGUCAAAGGUCACCUGUGGAAUUCUCUGCCCCUGAGAAGACUUGCACCAGUCAAAUGUUAAACAGAUUUUUUUCAAUGGUUGUUAAUUGGCCAAGCAAAUCUAUUUUUAGUAGUUAUUUUGUUUUUUUAAUCAUUUUCACUUUGAUGAAACAUUUGUUUUUUAAUUGAAUGAACUAAAACUAUUAAGUUAAACAAGCUGUUGUCUCCAUCACCCCACGUAUGUGUGUUAACCUUUAUCUUUUAUCUUGAACAAAACAAGAGGGAAGUUUCCUGAUGGCUAGACAUUGGCAAAUCUUUUGUAGGCGUAUGUUGGCCAAACUGUUGUAGGCGUAUGUUGGCCAAACUGUUGUAGGUGAAUGUUGGCCAAACUGUUGUAGGCCUAUGUUGGCCAAACUGUUGUAGGUGAAUGUUGGCCAAUCUGUUGUAGGCGUAUGUUGGCCAAACUAUCCUGCACCAAUUCUAUGUACCUUAUGUGAGCUUUGGCUACAUGUAAGAACUGAAGCUACCCAUCAUUCUCAUCAUUAAUCAGACUUGAUUCAAAUAUUUUUUGGCUUUUAAUGUCAAUAAAAGUUGUUAAACCGUU